GCACGGUGUAAAGAUCACGCAGAGGAAGGCUGAGAACCAGAUUAAAAUGGCAAAGAUGAUUAUGAUGAAUGAGCUGAACAAACGGGCCAACCUAUUAAUAGAGCAACUGGAGAAGAUCUCUGAGGACUUCCAGCGGCGUCUGGAGGACCAGCUGCAGGGGGCGAUAGAGAUGUGCAGCCAGCUGGACCACGUGCAGAACUUCAUCAGCUGGGCAACGGCCCACCACCUCAAGAACCCACUGCUCUUCAGCAGAGAGCUGAUUUCUCUCCAGAUGCAGCGCCUGCUUGAACCCCCGCUCCACUCAGACGCCUGGCUCCCGGUGAAGAUCAAGUUCAACUGGGAUGCCAGCUACUGGACUAAGCAGAUCUCAACUUUGGGUCAGCUCACUGCCGAGGGGGGAAAUCGCUCCUACUCUGAGGGCGUGGCCUUCCCCAGCAUCCUGAGGCCCCAGCCUAUCACCUGCUUGUCCCUGCCAUCUGUGUGCCAUGGAGGGCGGGAGCAGGGCUGUGCCUUCCAGGCCUGCUGUCAGCCCCAGAUGUGCUGCCUCCACUGCAUACCCCCACAGCCAGCUGUGCAGCUGGACAAGACCCAGCGGGAACCCAACCCCUACUCUGCCAGGUGUGCCCAGUCCACCCUCAGCUCUCCUUCCCUGGCCCUGCACCAGAGUCAGCUGCUGAGGUGCAGGGGCCCUGACAGUCCUCCAGGUCCACCAGCCGUGGUGCCGUCCUCCAUGCAGCGUCCCCCAGCAGCCCAGCACAUCUCCCGGCUGCCGACCCAGGCCUGCUCAGCUCCAGCUCCAACAGUGGAGGUCUUGGACUCCAGCCCCCAGCCACAGCCCUCUACCAGCCUCAGAUUCAGCCGCUUCCUGACACUCUUGCACAGCCAGCAACAGACAGGGCCAGGGAAGGCCAGGGGCCAACAGGCCAGCAGAGAGAGAGGGAGAGGAGAGCGCAGACGCACACCCAGCAGCAGCAGCAACAGCAGCAACAGCAGCAGCUCCUGGCUCCCCCUAGAGGCUGAGCUGACAGUGGAGCAGCAGGGGGAAGAGCAGCAGGAGGCCAGGACUACACAGCCAUCCAGAGACUGCAGAGAUGGCAGGGACCUCACCACACACUCUGAGCUUAGAGGUGUCAAAACACACGCUCUUGCUCACAAACACCUCUCAGACUCACAGUAA